AUGGCCAAACAAUACGGCCCGACAGACAUCAAGGCGUCAGCCAUAGAGUUAAUCGGAAACACACCGUUGGUUGCAUUGGACCGGAUAUGGCCCGGAUCGGGACGUAUACUCGCAAAGUGCGAGUUCAUGAACCCCGGGGCCAGCAUUAAGGACCGGCCGUCGAGAUGUAUGAUAGAGACGGCCAUAUCUAACGGCAAACUACAGCCCAACGGACACAUCGUUGAGCUGUCGAGCGGUAAUCAGGGCUGCGGUCUGGCACUGGUGUCGGCCGUAUUGGGCCACCCGUUGACUAUAGCCAUGUCUGAAGGCAAUAGCCCUCAGCGGGCGGUUAUGAUGCGGGCGUUGGGCGCGGAGGUAGUGCUGGCCAAACAAGUAGACGGUAAGCCGGGCAACGUUACCGGUGCUGACAUUGGCGAGGUAGAAGUGGUGGCGGCUGAACAAACUGAAAAGUACCAUGCUUACUACGUGGAUCAGCUUAACAACGAAGCCAACAGUAGAGCGCACGAAGAGACCACUGGACCCGAGAUAUGGCGCCAAACGGGCGGCCGAGUGGCGGCGUUUGUGACAGUCGUGGGAACCGCCGGAUGUUUUGCCGGCAUUUCCCGGUACCUAAAGCGGCAAAACCCGGAUGUGGUGUGCGUUGCGGCCGAACCGACCGCCGCACAGGCUAUUAAAGGCGAACCGAUGCCAAACCCGUUGCAUUUACUGCAGGGCUCCGGGUAUGGUAUGAUUCCGGCGCUAUUUAGUUACGACACUAUGGAUUAUACGAUAGAUGUGACCGACGAGGAGGCGCUCAAAUACAAGGAUCUGUUGGCCCGCAAAGAGGGUCUAUAUUUGGGCUAUACGUCGGGCGCUAAUGUGGCCGCAGCUGUCAAGUUGUUAGAGUCCGGAAAAUUGCCGUCCGAUGCCUGGGUGGUCACUCUACUCAAUGAUACCGGUUUGAAAUACCCACCAGAAGCGGCACAUAUGUCAUAA